CUCCCGCGGACAGGUGGCGGCGUCGGCUCGCAGCACCCCCGCCCCGCCCCGGAGCGCAGGAUGCAGUGCCCCGGCGCCCAGUACCUGGCUUCUGCAGAGAGAACCCCCCGGCAAAGAGAGUGGAGACCUCAGCUUUAUAGGAAGUGCACAGAUACGACAUGGCUAUUCCUGUUCUUUCUCUUUUGGACUGGUUUGAUGUUCAUCACAGGCUACUCCGUGGCAGCAGGCGCCACGGGAAGACUUCUCUUUGGCUACGACAGCUUUGGCAAUGUGUGUGGCAAGAAGAACUCCCCAGUGGAAGGGGCCCCUCUUUCAGGGCAGGACAUGACGCAAAAAAAACAUGUGUUCUUUAUGAAUUCCUGCAACCUGGAAGUCAAGGACGUGAGGCUCAACUCCACCGUCCUCUGUGUGUCCAGAUGUCCCGAAGAGCAGCUCAGUACCCUGGAAGAAGUCCAGCUCUUUGCAGACAACAAUGGGUCCUUCCUGUGUGUUUAUAGUUUGAAUUCCAUCAACUACACCCAGAAUCCAAAUGCAUACUCACUGUGCCCCAGGCUACCAGUUCCUCCAAGCAAGUCUUUCCCCUUGUUUAACCGAUGCAUCCCUCAAACGCCUGAGUGCUAUUCCUUGUUUGCAUCUGUUUUGAUAAAUGAUGUCGACAUCCUCCAUCGAAUUCUAAGUGGAAUAAUGUCAGGAAGAGACAUAAUCCUCGGCCUGUGUAUCUUUGCAUUAGCCUUGUCUUUGGGCAUGAUAGUCACCUUCCGAUUCAUCACCACCCUCCUGGUUCACAUUUUCAUCGCACUGAUUAUUUCGGGACUGUUGUUUGUCUGUGGUGUCUUAUGGUGGCUGUAUUACGACUAUACCCAUGACCUCAGCAUAGAAUUGGACACAGAAAGGGAAAAUUUGAAGUGUUUGCUGGGGUUUGCUAUUCUAUCUACAGUAAUCACGGCAGUUCUGCUCGGCUUGAUUUUUGUCCUCAGAAAGAGAAUAAAAUUGACAGUUGAGCUUUUUCAAGUCAUAAAUAAGGCCAUCAGCAACUCUCCUUUCCUGCUGUUGCAACCACUGUGGACUUUCGCCAUCCUCAUUUUCUUCUGGGUCUUCUGGGUAGCUGUGCUGCUGAGCCUGGGGACUGCAGGAGCUGCACGGGUUAUUGAAGGUGGCCAAGUGGAGUAUCAGCCUCUCGUAGGCAUUCGGUAUAUGUGGUGGUAUCAUUUAAUUGGCCUCAUCUGGACCAGCGAAUUCAUCCUCGCAUGCCAGCAAAUGACGGUAGCCGGGGCACUGGUCACUUGCUAUUUCAACAGAAAUAAAAAUGACCCUCCUGAUCGCCCAAUCCUUUGGUCUCUCUCCAUUCUUUUCUGCUACCAUCAAGGAACAGCCAUAAAAGGGUCGUUUUUGAUCACUCUGAUGAGGAUUCCGAGAACCAUUCUCAUGUACAUUUCCAACGCUCUGAAAGGCAAGCAGCAUGGUGUGUGGUCCAGGUGCGUGUUCAGAUGCUGCUUCUGCUGUUUCUGGUGUCUUGACAAAUGGCUGCGCCAAUUCAACCAGGAUGCCUACCCUGCAACUGCCAUUAAUGGGACAGACUUUUGUACAUCCGCACAAGACGCACUCAAACUCUUAUCCAAGAAUUCAAGUCAUUUUACAUCUGUGAACUGCUUUGGAGACUUCAUAAUUUUUCUAGGAAAGGUGUUGGUGGUGUGUUUCACUGUUUUUGGAGGACUCAUGGCAUUUAACUACAACCGUGCACUCCAGGUGUGGGUGAUCCCUCUGCUGCUGGUUACUUUUUUUGCCUACUUAGUAGCCCAUAGUUUUUUAUCUGUGUUUGAAACUGUGCUGGAUGCACUCUUCCUGUGUUUUGCUGUUGACCUGGAAACAAAUGAUGGAUCGUCAGAAAAGCCCUACUUUAUGGACCAAGAGUUUCUGAGUUUUGUAAAAAGGAUCAACAGAAUAAACGCUGUGAGGGCGCAGGGAGCUGAGCGCUCAUUAAGGAACGAGGAGGGAAUGGAACUCCAGCCCGUGGUGUGA